AUGGGGAACGAUGGUUUUGCUACAGCAAUAUGGAAGGAUGGUCCAUUAUAUUAUGACGAUAUUGAACUUGUAUAUACAAGAGGUCAGAAUAAAAAAGUUGCUUUAAAACGUUUAUGUAACUCCAUACCCUUCAAAGCCCAGGAUAUAUUCUUAAUAAGUUGGAGAGAAGAGCGCAGAAUAAUUGGAUUAUACAGAAGCUCAUCAAAGAUUUCUUCUGAGAUGAAGGGAAGACUGCUUCCACAAAGUCCUCCAGAGUAUAUAAGAAAUUUAUUUGAUUGUGGAAGAGGCCGACAAAAAGGGAUUAAUGAAUCUCUUCUAAAUGAGAUACGUAAAGAUCCUGAAGUAUAUGGAAUAUCUCAAAAUCCAGAUACAAUUGUGGUGAAAAAUAUUGGGAACGAAAUAAUUGAUGAUUCAAUUCAAGAAAUGCGUUUAAAAAUCAAUCAUUACAGAGAUAAUAUAUUUGAAUGGAUACCAUACGAUCAAUUUAAUGAAAUUAAAAAAAAUACACAAAGGAGAGUCCGCUACGGCAAUAUGGAACGAAGGUCCAUUAUGUCAUGA